GGCUCCUCUGGACUGGGUCCAACACGCCAUGUUCCUCCUGUGUUGAGGUCAUCAGAUCUGCAGGUGGGGUCUCACCAGAGCAGAGUGGAGGAGAAUCACCUUCACUCUUCUGGCCACGGUGCUUUGGGUGCAGCCCAGGACUCGCUUGGCUUUUGACACACCUUUCUGCAGGCUGGUGGCUGGAAAUGAGCUGUCUCAGUAGAUGGCACUCUGUCCUUUAGUUUGGCACUUUCGUCGCCAAUAAAGCGCCAAAGGUCCGUAAUUACCGGGUCCGCCGCUGGCACCUCACGGUCUCGGGGCGGCAGGGGCGCAGGCAGGGCGGCGUGGGGCGGCUCUGUGUGCCCCAGAGGGCCCUUCCCCGCCCGGGGCUGCCCGCGGCCGCUCCGUGCUCGGGCCCGGCGGCCCGGGCGGGGCGGGGCGGCGCCCUCGGGCGGGGCGGCGCGGCCGCCCUUAUUGCGGAGCGUUAGCGGCCGGCGGCGCACGGCCGCCAUGGGGCGGUACUCGGGCAAGACGUGCCGCCUCAUCUUCAUGCUGGUGCUCACCGUCGUCUUCUUCGUGGCCGAGCUGGUGUCCGGCUACCUGGGCAACUCCAUCGCGCUGGUUUCCGACUCCUUCAACAUGCUCUCGGACCUCAUCUCCCUCUGCGUGGGGCUCUCCACCGGGCGCAUCGCCCGCCGCAGCCGCCGCGGUCCCCGCGCCACCUACGGCUACAGCCGCGCCGAGGCGGUGGGAGCGCUCAGCAACGCCGUCUUCCUCACCGCCCUCUGCUUCACCAUCCUCGUGGACUCCAUCCUCCGCCUCGCCCGGCCCCAGACCAUCGACGACGCCCAGCUGGUGCUCAUCGUCGGCACCCUCGGCCUCGCCGUCAACGUCGUGGGGCUCCUCGUCUUCCAGGACUGGGGCUCCUGCUGCCGCGGGCGAUGCCCGUGCCGCCGGCCGCCCGCGGCCGCCGCGCUGCGGGACGUGCCCGGGGCCGCCCCGGACGGCGAGGAGGAUGAAGCAGGUGAUUCACCAAAUGACCAAAAGAGCCCUGAAAAGGGGUCUGAGAAGAAAAAAGAGAAAAAGUCUGAAGCCUUGAACAUCAGAGGUGUUCUUUUGCAUGUUAUGGGAGAUGCACUUGGGUCUGUAGUCGUGGUAGUUACUGCUACGAUCUUCUACCUACGUCCUCUGGGGAAUGCUCCGUGCAAUUGGCAGUGCUACAUUGAUCCAAGCCUGACUAUAGUUAUGGUGUUCAUCAUCUUGUCUUCUGCAUUCCCACUUAUAAAGGAGACCGCAACUAUUUUGUUGCAGAUGGUCCCCAAAGGUGUUGAUCUGCAACUAUUGACUGACAGACUGGCUCGUGUGCCAGGGGUUAGCAGCCUCCACGAGGUGCACGUCUGGGAGCUCGCAAGCGGGAAGAACAUCGCCACUCUUCACAUCAAGUGCCAAACCCCUUCCGAUUACCAAGAUGCUGCUCACAAAAUACGGGAGGUUUUCCACGAGGCAGGAGUCCAUUCUGUGACCAUCCAGCCCGAGUACACUGACCACAAGACCUCACAUCUGCUGUGCAGCUCACCCUGCAUCUCCACAGCCUGUGACUCUCACCUGUGCUGCAGCCAGAGGGAGCCCCCCCGGGCUGAAACCAAUGGCUACAUGGACAAAAGUGAGAGCUCCCUCUCUGCACAGCACAAAGACAAUGGUUCCAGGAAAAGUGACAUUGAAAUCCCUAUGGAGGACCCAGUGGCAGAGGACAGGGUGAAAAGCGUGAACAAUCGUGACGUGUCCGAUGACAAAUCACAGUCGGGUGGUACACGAUUCUAGGCAAUUGGCUCUGCUCUGUGUCCUGUUCUCAUGGAGCAAACAUAUCCUGGCUGGGAAGGGGGGCACUGGUGGUUGUAGCUGAAGUUGGCGUGGCAAAACGAUUUCUGUGCUUUAGCUGUAAACCAAAAUACGCCUAAAACCCCCUUGUACCUGAACUAAGGAUUAAGAUUUGCACCGAGGCUGUUGCAUUUGUGUUUUUGUGAUGCAGCCUUACCCAGUUCCUUACCAAACGAAGGCUGAAUUCCUACUAUUAGAGUGGAUGGGGUGUAUCGCUCUGUCUGCACUGAUGUUUGCAGUUCAUGGCCAGUAGCCCUGGGAAAGAACCUCUGGCCUUUCCUGCUGGAGUGAGCUGUUUCUUGAAAGCCCUGUGGCCAGUUAAUGAUUGUCCUGGGCUGGAGUACUGUAUAUUUAUAAAGGGCUUCAGUAGAGAUGCUUUACUGAUCCUCAAGCCCCAUUUUUGCAUGGACAGUUCAUUUUUAACAGUAACAAUUCUGGCCAGUGGAGUUUGUGAAUGAAAUUAAGAGUGUCUGAGGGGAAGCACUCAGGAAUUUUGACUUGUGUUAUUUUCUUGAUUGACUCCUGUAUUUAGGGACAGAGGAGAAGCUGGUCUUGCUUCUCUACAAGUAAUACUGGAGUCCCAGCCUAAUCACAGAUGAGUGUGCUAAGGAAUAGACUGCUUGUCAUGAAAGCAAUCAAGUACCUACUAACGUUGUCUGUACUGAUUCUAUCAAAUGGAAAUGCAGGCAGUCAUCCAAUUAACUUUUGUAUUUUUCACUGUUAUGAUUGUACAACUCAGUCUUUUAAAAUUCUUAUUAUCCUUUCCCUGACAACACAAGUUCCAAGAGCCAUGGUCUUAUUUCAUCAUUGUGCAGGAUGAUUGCAUUAUCUUUUACACUGAGUCUGUCAUUGUUCAUGCUGAAUAAAUAAGCUACAAUUUAUUAUGAACAGUUGAAAUUCUGCUAUUCUAUUAUUAAGGCAUAAUUUAGUAGUGUAUUAAUUAAGGAAGCACCUUUAAAGUCUUGUAUGCAGUAUUAUCACUUAGAGGGAGCUUUAAAAAAAUGAAAGCAGGAAUAUUUUCCUGGUUUAGUCUCAAUCAUUUCUUGUUGGCUGGUUUUGAAGGUCAUGAUGCCUUGAAUCCCACCCUCUGCCCAAAGGUGUAUCUCAAAGUGUAUUUAGUGAAGUAGUUCACUGUCUUUUUGCUGCUUGCUCUUUCUGAAGGUAUGCAAGGGUGCUCUAAGGAAAACAAGGUGAUGUGCCCUGUCACCAGAGCUUGAUUUCAGUCAGGUAUGUUCCACAGAGGGAAGGGGAAACCCACUACUCAAUCCACACUGAGUCUAGUGCUCAGUCUCCCUGGUUAUGCAGAUCAGGUCCAGAAGAUCCCAAAUAUAUUUUGUUGGCAAAAGCAGCCUUUCAAUGGUCUGUGUGGCCUGGACAGGCUAUUUUAUCCAUUUAUUCACAGACACCUUUGUAAAAUAGAGGUGUCUUUACCUCAGUGACACCAGCAGAAAGGGUAAAUUGAUUUCCAGCCUGGGCUGAGAAAAUACCAGGACCUCCUUGUACAGAUGGCUUAAAAGCAGCCUACUCCUUAUUAAUAAAGAUGAUUGCAAUAAUUCAAUGAAUAUUAAAACACACAGCAGGAUAUUUUACUGCUUGGAAUGUACUAUUUCCUGAAGCACUGAUUUUAGUCUACAUAGAAUAUUUCUAGAAUUAUAGUUACAACUUUUAAACAGAUUUUUUGAUGAAUUAAGGUAUUUUAUACCAUUUCAUUGUAAGUUUGUAUCAUAUAAAUUAACCUAUUUGUUAAUAUAAUUAAGAGCUUGAUCCUCCAGGCUCUUUGAUUCCAUUGGCAGCAGCAGGAUCUUGCUUGGCAGUUAUUGCACGAGUUAAUGUAAAUCAGGAAGCAUUGUAAGUAAGAAUCACUCCGUCUUUUAAAAGCCUGUGCCAUGAAGUAAGACAGCCCUUUCUUCUGUUCUUUUUUUUUCCCCUCUUUAUUUUCAUCUAUGAUGAUGCUUAGAUGUAAAUAGUGAAUAUAUUUAUCGUGUUUUUGAGAACUGGAAUAGAAAUCUCCCAAAAUAACAACCAAGUCUAUGGGAGAGCCUUCGUCCCAGAUAUCCUCUAAAACAAGCACCAUUUCAGAAUUAUGCAUAAUUAUUUGUAUCUUAAAUCAGGUAAUUUGAGAUGUAUAUAUGUGUAUAUAUAUAUAUAUAUAUACAUAUUUCAUUAAAUGGUUGAAAGCAGGAAUGGCAUUAUUUACUCUGGGAUUAAAGAAAACUAGUAUGUGUGAUGUUAGGGCAUUUGUUAAAAUGCACAAUUUUUAUUCUUCCAGUGUUAAAACCAUGGCUAUGUAUUUUUAAAACUUAAAAGUGUUGUAACGUGAAAACACAAUGAAAUAACAUUCUUAAACUUUAUCUUCUCUUGUCUGGUUGAAUGUACUGUAACUGCUGCCUGUGAAUAAAUGGGAAAAUACCAGGAAUUAUAGAAAUCUUCAUAGAUUUUGACAUAAUAAUGAGACAUUUUAAUUUUGCUUUAUUACUUAAGCAAGCAAGAGCAGAGCUAUGUUAUUUUUGAGAUAAACCUUGCUUUUUUUGUGUGUUGGGACUUUCAGGGUAUUCAACUAAGGUUUCUGACCAGCAUCUUUGCCCUCAUUUGGGCAGCAAAAUAUUUUUCUCCUGUACUGUGCUUCCGCUCUCUAAUUCUGUGGCAGACUUCAUUCCAAUCCUUGUGUAUUUUGUAUUGGAGUAUUUCCCUUCAGUUCUUGGCAUAUUUCUUCUAAUUCUGUUGAAGCAGGCUUUCCUCACUUUGAGAUACAGUAUAUUUCUAUGUUAGCCCUUUUCUAUGGGCAUUUGUUCUAAAUUCAGUUUUGUAGUCUAUUGCACUGUCAUAAAAGCUCUGUUCUGGCCUCUUUAGCUGAAUUAGUUUUCCUCCCUGACAAAUGCAGGUUGAUUGUGCUGCUCUGUCCUCUUCAAGCACUGCCUUAUGAUUGUCUAUCUUGGUUUUUGGGUUCUCUUGCAACAGUUGUCCCUUCUAUCUAUUGCUGCUGGUGGCAAAGGAAAUCUGUUUAAAUUAUGUGUGACUUUCAGCUGGUGGAUGUGAUCCAUGGCCAGUCAUACCUGUGACCUAGUAGGAUGAUGAAGCCUUUGCUAGGCUUGCCAGAUCAUUCUGCAGUAAAAGUGAAACCUGGAAUAAGUUAACAUGACACUGAAAGCAAAAGCAAUUUAAGGGCCUUCAUCAGUUGUGUGCCUUUUCUUAAAGGGAAUCAAUUCUUUGUCACCUUUUUGUACGUGCCAAAAGUGUCAAUUUGAUUUUUAAUUUUUUUUUUCUUCUGAAGCCCUCUAAAUGCAGGUGUUGCCUUUACUCUUAGUUAUUAAGAAAACUGCUGCUAUUUUCAGGAGUAUUGCCUUUGUUUUGCCAGUUUUCAGCUGACUUCCUUUUCCUUGUCUUUUUUACAAUACUUACCUUGACUCAUAGUGCAAGUGUGUUUUAUAUCAUUGUCUCUUCAAUAAAGCAGAAUGGUUUUAAUAGCCUAGUCAUGGUGAUCUACCAAUAAUGCAGUUUAGAAAUACCUUUAUUUUUUAUUGCACUGGUUUCAGUUUUGCACUCCAUUCUAUUAAAAUAGAUCCACUUUCUGGUUUUGCUAUGUGAUGUACCUUACCAUUGCAAACCAGUUUUUGACCUUCUUUACUUUUUUCCUAUUCUUUCCCUCUCCCAUUCCUGAUUAUAAUGCUUACUGUCCUGAAUACUCCCUUUUAUUCUGAACUUUGAAGGGAAUAUUCCAGCACCUGAAUUUUUCCCAAAGAGAAGUUCACUACCCAAGUUCUAUGGAUGGCUUGAUGUGAGCUACUCUGAGGACUAUUUUGUGUCCUGUGGUCUGUGUAGAAGUGCUAUCUAAGUAUGAACACAUGUCUUUAUGCAUAAUUAAAUUCUUUAUAAACACUCUACCUGAAUCAACUUCUUAAGAAAGCUGCAUUUCUAAACCUGAUAAGGUAUAAUGAAAUCAGGAGGGUUUAUGAGUCAUUCCUUAACAUCUUGGGGGAAAUCUUGGUAAAAGAUAAUUCAAAAGCUAUAAGCAUUCCUAUAAGUUCUACUACUUACUCUGCUGUACAGUGGAAGCACUUUCUACGUUAAAUACUUUAUUUUAACAGUGAUACCUUGAUGUGAGGAUGUCACUGUAGAAGAUUGUUACAUUUAUGGAGCUGUGUUGCUUAAAAGUUUCCUCCCGUUUUUCUGUUCCUCAUGUGAUUUAAUGUGUCAAAAUGUAAUUUCCAUGAUUGCUGAAUCUCACUGUGGUUUUAUUAACCAUUAGUGAGAAAUGACCUAAAGUUUUAGGUACAGCUAUAUUUUUAU